CUGCCCAAAUAUUAGAGGAGGAAAGAAGUCACUUCCCCUGCUGUCAGCAUCUUCCAACAGAUUGAGCAAGAAUAUUUCCAGCACUACAGAAAAGACAGUCUAUCCAACCCUAAAUGAUGAUCAGCCAUGUGACUUUUUCAAGAAAGGGAAUAGGGUGAAUGAAUCUUAUCAGAAAACCAGCAAUAUGAAUGCAGGCCCAUCUCGGACUAAAGUACAACAUCCCAAGAAUUCCAGAAAAAGACAGAGUAAACCCCAAGUCCCCCACAUUUCUUCCCAGCUGAAAAGCAGUCUCAGAGGUGUCCCCCAAUUGACUGAGGAUAAGCUGAAGGAAAGCAUUUCCCCAGAAGGAAACCCCGAAAGGAGUCCCCUCGGCCCCAGAUAUCGGGGGCUCUCAGGGAACAAGCUGUUUCUGGACUUUCAGUCCAUGAAAAUCAUCAAAGAAGAUGCCGAGGAGGAGGACAGUGCCAGUGACCUCUCUGAUUCAGAAAGGAUUGCCAUCCCCCCAUCCCCCCUCACGCCUCCUGAUCUUCACCUUCGAGCAGAAGAGAUUGACCCGGUUCACUUCGAUCUGCACCCAGGGCAGGGCCCCACCUGGCCUGAAUACUGUUACCCCGACUUCCUCCCGCCCCCGUGCAACUCCUGGGACCUGCGGGACAUAGCCAUGCUCCUGCACUCUGAGCGCAGGACAGAGGCCGUGCCCAAAACUGGGGGACUCCUAGGCAAGUACGUCGACAGGCUUGUCCAGCUUGAGUGGCUGCAGAUCCAGACCAUCCAGUGCGAGAAAGGCAAGGUGGCCAAAGGGAGGCCUCCCACUGCCCCUGGAACCUCGGGGGCCCUGAAGAGCCCUGGGAGAAGCAAGCUGAUGCCCAGCACUCUGUCCAGGCCUCAGCAGGAAGGGCCUCUGAAGUCGGGCCUUUCACGAAAGAAAGACACGCUCUGCAAGGAAGUCCAUCCAUUCUGUUACACUGGUGAGGCUUUCCCCAGACCUCUCGAUGUGCUGAGCAGUAGCCGAUUAUGUUCUCAGAAGCAAACCCUGGAGGAGCAGAAAGAGAAGAAGAAAAAGAAAUCCAACAAGAGCUCCAGGCUGCAGCCCUGCGACUUAUCCGGUGGGGACAGUGGCCCCAAGAUCGAGAGCAAUGGGAACCUCCGUGCACCCCGGCCGCCAGCCAUGAUCCUGGAUCCUGCGGACGGCUGCAGGGCCGCCCGGGCACCAGCACACACAGGUCUUAAGAAGAAGGGAAACGUGAGUAACUGUGCUCAUGCCACGAUAUCCAGCGAGAAAAAGCUCAAAACGAAUGGAGGAAAGCAAAAUACAUACAAAUUCAAGAAAUAACUGAGAUGAUGAGUUGCAAGAACCCGCAGAUGACUCAGUAUUAAAGCUCUUCCGAAAGUUCCCCUCCAGUGAAUUGUAAGAGACUUCGGGUUUACUGACCUUGAAGGGGUGGACAGUUCUUUAGUCCACCCCCCCUCACCUCCACCCCUGCCACACAGGGUUGUUUUCAAACAAAGAAGUCUUUAGGUAAUCAUACUUUGUGUUGACAGUCUUAGGCAAACUUGAGGUAAACAUCAGCCAAAGUCUAUGCCACAGAAAAAAAUAAAACCACUGCUCUCUAGCGGGACUUGAGUGAACUCCACUUCUGAAAUCUCAGCCACAGCAUAUGUAAGCUAGUGGGUAUGGCUUCAAACAGUAGAGAAUCCUGAGUAUCUGAGACAGGGCUCUCUGCGCCCUGGCCCUAAAGGAUUCAAACAGAAGUUCUGGCUGUUUCACCCCAGGGGAAGCUUGGGCCCUUCCUCAACAGCAUCUAUUUUGAGCAAAGUCAUUUAUCACUAAGUUUCCUGCUCUUGGGAGAGAGUGGAAUCUAGGGCUUCCACGCGCUUUCCGUAACAUGGGUUUUGUUUUGUUUUUUAAGAAGGCCUUUUCGCGCUUUCCGUAACAUGGGUUUUGUUUUGUUUUUUAAGAAGGCCUUUUAGAGGUAGUGUGAAGUCAAUUUUUUGUAUUCUGUCAGCAUGCAGACUUCAUCCCAGUGGAGGUUGGUGGGUCUCAGUGUGGUUGUUGGCAAGUGGUGGGAGGAAGAAUGAAAUGUUGAUAACUGGAAUUCCUGGCGGGUGGCGUCUCUGAAGAGAUGCCACAGGUAAACCACUGUUUAGAGUUUGCAAAAGCAGGGCCUAUAAUCAGACAGAUACACACGGAACCACUUUGAGUGGAACCCUUAUUACAUUCCUGAUUUGGGACCUGGCCCCUCUCUGUUGUAAAAUGAUAAUCUGUCUUCAUUUGCAAGAGCAGGACUUUAUAAUCUUGCUUUAUAAUCUUGGGGGAGGGAGCAUGACUAAAGUUACUGAAUGAAUGUCUUCACAUCCUUACAUGGCCCUGUGGCUUCCUGAGCUUCCUAAAUGCUUCUUAUUUAACUGCUGUUAAGUCACAAAGAUAGAAGGCAGGAGGAGAAGGGGACAACAGAGAAUGAGAUGGUUGGAUGGCAUCACUGACUCGAUGGACAUGAGCUUGAGCAAGCUCCAGGAGUUGGUGAUGGACUGGGAAGCCUGGCGUGCUGCAGUCCAUGGGGUCAAAAAGAGUCGGACACGACUGAGCAACUGAACUGAACU